CGAUUUACGAAGAGGGUGUGCGAGAGUUCAUAAUGUUAGACUGUAAGUCUGACUGAGAAAGCAAAGCACCAGACGAAGCUGCGCGAACUGACGGACUGACGCGCACGAGAGCAUGAGGAGCAGCAGUCAGUGUGAACGCGGAGCAGCUCAGCGCGCGAUGAGCCCAGCGCACAACUCAGCCCUGAUGCUCGGGGUGCUCCUCAUCUCCUGCAUACCCAUCACCACAAGUGCUCCAGUGCUCUUGAAUCCAUCUUCAAUAGAGCAUGAGCAGUUACUAACCCAGAUAACUGAUCUGUGCUCAUUCUACCUCUCUGCAGACCCAUCCUUUAGAACAUCUGAUGUGCUGGAGGACCUGUGUUUCCUAAUGCUGGGAUCACUGCAAAAAUCAAAGGAGCUCACAGCUCGAGAGACCAGAAAAAGAUUUUUAUUUCAUUACACUAAACCGAAUGGUGCAGGAUUGUCAGAUGGGACGUCUACUGUGUUGCACCCUCUUCUGGAGCUCAUACCCCAUCUCGCCAGAAGAAGAAGCAGGAGAAUGAAAUUAAAUGAUGACCUUCAAGGGCCCGGACGGAUCCAGAGCAGGGGCUUCUUCCUUUAUCGGCCACGAAAUGGAAGAAGAUCUGAUGAGUAUGUGUAAAACAACAAAGAAAUGACAAACCAGCCGCACCAGACCCCAUCGCGCAGGUGUGCUGAUCCAGAGCCAGUCAACCUUGAAACGUCACGUCACUCGUUCGAGAAAACACCCUCUAUUGAAUUUUGAUGUUGAAUGUACAGACAGAAUCCAAAUCAAAGUAUUUUAUCUGUUAACCAUUUCUGUUUGUGUAACUGUGCCGUGGAAUUAAAAGCAUUCUAAAAUAUUUCUUCAUUGUGGCAGUGUGAUUUUGACCAAACUCACUGUAUGUGUUUUACUGUACAGUAUAUCUACCUUAUUGGAUUGUUACCAAAGAACAAAGAAAUAAAACCU